UUCUGCUCUUUGUGUGGGGUGGAUUAGCUCUGGGUAGACACUGGGCGAAACUAGAGCAUCAAUCGGCCCAGAAGACGAGGAAAAAACGCCCAGGAAAGCCCGGAUCGCCGUCGCAGAGCGCGACCCGCUCCGCCCGCCCGACUUAUAUCGCCGGACGGACAUGCGAUUAUCAGAUUGUGGUGUUGUUUGAGUGACGCCUUGUUACCAUGACGACCCACGUGACCCUGGAAGAUGCCCUGUCCAACGUGGACCUGCUGGAGGAGCUGCCGCUCCCGGACCAGCAGCCGUGCAUCGAGCCCCCUCCCUCCUCCAUCAUGUACCAGGCUAAUUUCGACACCAACUUCGAGGACAGGAAUGCGUUUGUGACCGGCAUUGCCCGCUACAUCGAGCAGGCCACCGUCCACUCCAGCAUGAAUGAGAUGCUGGAGGAGGGACACGAGUACGCUGUGAUGCUCUACACCUGGAGAAGCUGCUCCAGAGCCAUUCCCCAGGUGAAAUGCAACGAGCAGCCCAACAGAGUGGAGAUCUACGAGAAGACCGUGGAGGUGCUGGAGCCCGAAGUCACCAAACUCAUGAAGUUCAUGUAUUUCCAGCGGAAAGCCAUCGAGCGAUUCUGCAGUGAGGUGAAGCGUCUGUGCCACGCAGAGAGGAGGAAGGACUUCGUGUCGGAGGCCUAUCUGCUCACUCUGGGCAAAUUCAUCAACAUGUUUGCAGUGCUGGACGAGCUGAAGAACAUGAAGUGCAGCGUCAAGAAUGACCACUCUGCCUACAAACGAGCUGCGCAGUUUUUGAGAAAAAUGGCCGAUCCCCAGUCAAUCCAGGAAUCCCAGAAUCUCUCCAUGUUUUUAGCCAAUCACAACAGGAUCACUCAGUGCCUGCAUCAACAGCUGGAGGUGAUCCCGGGCUACGAGGAGCUGCUGGCAGACAUCGUCAACAUCUGUGUCGACUAUUACGAGAACAAAAUGUAUCUGACCCCCAGCGAGAAACACAUGCUGCUUAAGGUUAUGGGCUUUGGCUUGUACCUGAUGGAUGGGAACGUGAGCAAUAUCUACAAACUCGAUGCCAAAAAGAGGAUUAACCUCAGCAAGAUCGACAAGUUCUUCAAACUUCAAGUGGUGCCUCUGUUCGGCGACAUGCAGAUCGAGCUGUCGCGCUACAUCGAGACGAGCGCCCACUACGAAGAAAACAAGUCCAAGUGGACGUGCACGCAGAGCAGCAUCUCGCCGCAGUACAACCUGUGCGAGCAGAUGGUGCAGAUCAGGGAGGACCACAUCCGCUUCAUCUCGGAGCUGGCGCGCUACAGCAACAGCGAGGUGGUGACGGGCUCGGGCCUGGACAGCCAGAAGUCGGACGAGGAGUACCGGGAGCUGUUCGACCUGGCCCUGCGGGGCCUGCAGCUGCUGUCCAAGUGGAGCACGCACGUCAUGGAAGUUUACUCGUGGAAGCUGGUGCACCCCACAGAUAAAUUUUGUAACAAGGACUGUCCGGGCACGGCCGAGGAGUACGAACGAGCCACGCGUUACAACUACACCAGCGAGGAGAAGUUUGCUCUCGUGGAGGUCAUCGCCAUGAUCAAAGGACUGCAGGUUCUGAUGGGCCGGAUGGAGUCGGUGUUUAACCAGGCCAUCAGGAACACCAUCUACGCCGCCCUGCAGGACUUCGCUCAGAUGACCCUGAGGGAGCCGCUGCGCCAGGCUGUACGCAAGAAGAAGAACGUUCUCAUCAGUGUUCUCCAGGCCAUCCGAAAGACGGUCUGCGACUGGGAGGGAGCGAGGGAACCUCCGAACGACCCCUGCCUGAGGGGAGAGAAGGAUCCCAAGGGGGGCUUCGACAUCAAGGUGCCUCGUCGGGCUGUCGGACCCUCCAGCACGCAGCUGUACAUGGUGCGCACCAUGCUGGAGUCGCUGAUCGCCGACAAGAGCGGAUCGAAGAAGACUCUCCGCAGCAGUCUGGACGGGCCCAUCGUGGUGGCCAUCGAAGACUUCCACAAGCAGUCCUUCUUCUUCACACACCUGCUCAACUUCAGCGAGGCCCUGCAGCAGUGCUGCGACCUUUCCCAGCUCUGGUUCAGGGAGUUCUUCCUGGAGUUGACCAUGGGCCGCCGGAUCCAGUUCCCCAUCGAGAUGUCCAUGCCCUGGAUCCUCACCGACCACAUCCUGGAGACCAAGGAGCCCUCCAUGAUGGAAUACGUGCUGUAUCCUCUAGACCUGUACAACGACAGCGGCUACUACGCGCUCACAAAGUUCAAGAAGCAGUUUCUUUAUGAUGAAAUCGAGGCGGAGGUAAACCUCUGCUUUGAUCAGUUUGUCUACAAGCUAGCAGAUCAGAUAUUUGCCUACUACAAAGCGAUGGCUGGAAGUGUCCUCCUGGAUAAACGCUUCAGAGCAGAGUGUAAAAACUACGGCGUGAUCAUCCCGUACCCGCCGUCCAACCGCUACGAGACGCUGCUGAAGCAGAGACACGUGCAGCUGCUGGGCCGCUCCAUCGACCUGAAUCGCCUCAUCACUCAGAGGAUCUCGGCAGCCAUGUACAAGUCGCUGGACCACGCCAUCAGCCGCUUCGAGAGCGAGGACCUCACCUCCAUAGUGGAGCUGGAGUGGCUGCUGGAAAUCAACAGGCUAACCCACCGACUCCUGUCCAAGCACAUGACGCUGGACAGCUUCGACGCCAUGUUCCGUGAGGCCAACCACAACGUGUCGGCCCCCUACGGACGGAUCACGCUGCACGUCUUCUGGGAGCUCAAUUUCGACUUCCUUCCCAACUACUGCUACAACGGAUCCACAAACCGCUUUGUCCGUACAGCUAUUCCCUUCACCCAGGAGCCUCAAAGAGACAAACCAGCCAAUGUGCAGCCUUACUACCUGUAUGGGUCCAAGCCUCUGAACAUCGCCUACUCCCACAUAUACAGCUCCUACAGAAACUUCGUCGGCCCGCCCCACUUCAAGACCAUCUGCCGCCUCCUUGGUUACCAAGGCAUUGCUGUGGUGAUGGAGGAGCUGCUCAAGAUUGUCAAGAGCCUGUUGCAGGGCACCAUCCUGCAGUACGUAAAAACACUGAUAGAAGUCAUGCCCAAGAUCUGCCGCCUGCCGCGCCACGAGUACGGCUCCCCAGGUAUCCUGGAGUUCUUCCAUCACCAGCUUAAGGAUAUCAUUGAAUAUGCCGAGCUGAAGACGGAUGUUUUCCAGAGUUUAAGGGAGGUGGGAAACGCCAUCCUCUUCUGUCUGCUCAUUGAGCAAGCUCUGUCCCAGGAGGAAGUGUGCGACCUGCUUCAUGCGGCUCCUUUCCAGAACAUUCUGCCCAGAGUCUACAUCAAAGAGGGAGAGCGUCUGGAGGUGAGGAUGAAGAGGCUGGAAGCGAAGUACGCCCCGCUCCACCUCGUGCCUCUGAUCGAGAGGUUGGGAACGCCACAACAAAUCGCCAUCGCCCGCGAGGGAGACCUGCUGACCAAAGAGCGCCUGUGCUGCGGCCUGUCCAUGUUCGAGGUCAUCCUCACGCGCAUCCGCAGCUUCCUGCAGGACGGCGUGUGGCGCGGGCCGCCGCCCACCAACGGCGUGAUGCACGUGGACGAGUGCAUGGAGUUCCACCGCCUGUGGAGCGCCAUGCAGUUCGUCUACUGCAUCCCCGUGGGCACGCACGAGUUCACGGCCGAGCAGUGCUUCGGCGACGGGCUGAACUGGGCCGGCUGUGCCAUCAUCGUGCUGCUGGGGCAGCAGCGCCGCUUCGACCUCUUCGACUUCUGCUACCACCUGCUCAAAGUCCAGCGGCAGGACGGCAAGGACGAGAUCAUCAAAAAUGUGCCCCUGAAGAAAAUGGCCGACCGCAUCAGGAAGUACCAGAUCCUCAACAAUGAGAUUUUUGCCAUCCUCAACAAGUACAUGAAGGCCGUGGAGACGGACAGUUCCACCGUGGAGCAUGUUCGCUGCUUCCAGCCUCCUAUACACCAAUCUCUGGCCACCACCUGUUGAAACGAAAGAUCCUUGACAUAUAGUACACACACUCAAAUAUACACACAUACACACACAUUCCCUUUAGCUGUGAUGCUAAAUUCUGCCUCUUGCUGGUCUUUGAGAGGUAUAGGUUAUGUAAUUGGCUCCACACCGGCUACAGGAAUCCAGAGACGGAUCCGCUGCUCCGUCUUUGGGUUCUUGGCAGACGUGGACCAGACCAGAGGUGGAGGUGUAUAUUCACGCCUUUUUCUUUUCAUUUUACUCUCUGUGGCUUUCACCCAGACUCAUGCAUGCCUUUUUUCUUUUUUCAUUCCUUCAGCUGCACACAUGUGCACUGGACAGCUGACUGAAAUGCCAAAAUAGAAUAAAUAUACUCUAUAUGUGAAAUUACAGCCGGGCAAAAAAACCCAAAUUUUAGAAUUCGCAACCGAGAGUGGAGACAGAAAUCAGCCUGUGGUGGGUAAAAUAUUCAGUAAUCGCUCAAGUGGAGGAUUGUUCUUGUACCAGCUCCUGAUUGUAGCAGUGCAGCUACACUUCUCCUCUAUAAAGACCCAAAUCUGUACAUUGGAUCCAUUUCGGUCUCUUCAUUCGGUGGUAUACUGAUAUUACCACGCCCAUCACACACACCUUGUCUCCAUCAUGAUGCGUUUGAUUGCUUCUUCCUCGGCCUGCCCUCAAAGGAACUGAGACAUGUUUGCAUUUCUUUUAUUUACGCUCCAGCCCUGUCUGCUUUUUUUUUUGUUUUUUGUUUUUUGCCUCCAAACUCUUUUUGGUUCAUGUGGUACCAGAUCCACUGUAAAUUUCACUGUUGAACAAAAGUGAAGUGUUGAGUGUUGUAAUUGUUCUUGUUUUUAAUGAUUAAUAUUUUUAAUUUACACAUCCUUGAUAUAUUUGCCUCAUUGUUUACUGGAUGAUUCAUCAGCUGUUUUUUUUUUUCUUUUCCUCCUCCCCUCUCUUGUCUGUCGGAAAGAUUUUUUAUAUUCUGUACAUGAAAUACAGUGAUAUUAUUUACAAAUUGGAAAAGAGGCAACUCCAUUCAAGUAAAAAAAAGUUUGCUUUUUCGAGAGUUUGGGGGAAAAAAAAGAUUAGAGAAUACCUCUAGGUUGUAUAAAGAUGGUACUGUACUAGAUGAACCAGUUUUGAGUGUGAAUAAAUGAAAAUAAACUCUGACGUACAGCAAAAAGAAAAAA